AUGACAGCUACCUGGUUAUGGCGUUCCAUGUACCACUUCCUGCCUGCAUCUUACACCCUGCUGUUAUGUGCUAGAAGAGGAGAGGGACCAAAAUGUCACCACUGUCAAUAUUGUGACAAAUCCUUCACAACAUCUCGAACUCUAAAGAUUCAUCAGAGAGUUCACACUGGACACAAUCGACACAGCUGUGAUCUAUGUGGGGCAGCUUUCACAGUGAAGAGUUUCCUAAUAAUACAUCAACGCAGUCACACUGGAGAGAAUCCGUACAGCUGUGAUAUGUGUGGUAAAAACUUUUUUAGGGGUGAUAACCUAGUAAUCCACCAACGUGUUCACACCGGAGAGAAGCCGUACAGCUGUGAUCUAUGUGGUAAAACCUUUUCUAGGAGGGAUAGCCUAGUAAUCCACAGACAUGUUCACACCGGAGAGAAACCGUACCGGUGCGAUCAAUGUGGUGCAGCUUUCACACUGAAGAAAACCCUAACGUUACAUCAACGCAGUCACACUGGAGAGAGGCCGUACAGCUGUGAUCUAUGUGGUAAAACCUUUGUUAGGAAGGAGAGCCUAGUAAUCCACCGACGUGUUCACACCAGAGACAAACCGUACCGGUGUGAUCAAUGUGGGAAAACCUUUACUAAUAGUAGUGGCUUUAAACGUCACCAGCGCAGACACACUGGAGAGAAGCCGUACAGCUGUGAUCUAUGUGGUAAAACCUUUACUGAUAAUUGUGACUUUAAAAGACACCAGCUUGUUCACGCUGGAGAGAAGCCGCACAGGUGUGAACACUGUGGAGAAACAUUUUCUCAGAUUGGUGGCCUUAAAGCUCACCAGCGUCUUCACACUGGAGAGAAGCCGUAUUGGUGUGAACACUGUGGGAAAAUGUUUUCACGGAGUAGUAAUCUUACAUCUCACCAACGUGUUCACACUGGAGAGAAGCCGUACAGCUGUGAUCUAUGUGGUAAAACAUUUUCUGAGCGCGGUAAUCUUAAAAUACACCGGCGUGUUCACACCGGAGAGAAGCCGUACUCGUGUGAACACUGUGGGAAAAUGUUUUCUCAGAGAAGUAGCCUUAAAUCUCACCAACGUGUUCACACCGGAGAGAAGCCGAAAUAGUCUGAACAAAUACAUUAGCUUUAAAUAAGCAAAACUACAAAGAGACACGUGAAAGUGCAGCUUCAAGAAAAAAACAAUAACUAUGGUGGGGUUUGAAAGUUUGGGAACCCCAGGUAAAAUUUUUA